ACGCUUGUUUCAGCGGAGCACAUGUGCCAACCGCAACAGCUGUCGAGAUACCAAGUAUUGGGUCCUGAAAUGACUCGAGCAAGAUGCAAAGACCGGAGGACGAUGCUGUGAUGGCGGUGUACUCUGCGGCAUCUGCUGCGUCUGGGACGUCGACUGCUGCAUUUGCUGAUGUGGCUUCGGUAACUGCUGCGAACGAUGAUAUGGUUGCGAAGUGCUGCGACGGUUUUGACAACGACUGCGACAAGUUUGGUCAAGAUCUUGCUGUUCCGCUUGAAGAUACGACGAAAUUUCGGUUUCUGAGAGGUUCGGAUUCAUGCGCAAGAAGGCGCGCGUCUGUCGCCACUCGGGACCAAGUCCAGCAAGAAGGACCAUGAGAUACAUCUCACGAGGGAAGUAUCCUCCACUCUUCUCCAGUUGAUCUUGUAGUGUGCGAACACGAUUGACGUAAUCCAUGACAUUCUCGUUUGUCAUCAUCUGCACACUUGUCAGCUGCGAAAGAAUCUUACUUGCUGUUAUUGUGUCUUUUGCCAUGUACACCCCCUUUAAGUGGUUCCAUGCAGUUUCAGCUGGCGUGAAGCUUGAAUGAAAAGAUCGAACGCCAAGCUGCUCCUUUGGCGACAGGUUCCGAACUAGAACCGUAUACGCCCCGAGAGAGGCGUGCAGGAAACUCUGUUGCUCCAGUUGUGUUCCCAUGACAGGAUACGUAAACUCGCCGGUGAAGAACGGCCAUAGCCCAGCGAACUGCGCCAGAAGCUCAAACUCGAAGCUCCAGGAGUAAAAUUCAACUCCGUUA